AUGAAGGAGAUUGACCGAGAUGUGAGGGCUACAGUAAACAAAAUUAUUAAUAAACGAGUGACAACAAUGAAAGCCGAGGAAAGUAGCAGCGACGAUUUAUUGGGCAUAUUACUGGAUUCCAAUUACAAAGAAAUCAAACAAAAAGGGAACACCAAUUUUGGACUUACUACGGAAGAAGUCAUUCAAGAAUGCAAACUUUUCUAUUUUGCCGGGCAAGAAACUACUGCAAAUUUGCUCGCUUGGACAAUGAUUUUGUUAGCCCAACACACAAAUUGGCAAGAUCGUGCUAGAGAUGAAGUUUUAAAGGUGUUUGGAGACAGAAAACCAGAUAUUGACGGAUUAAGUCGUGUAAAAGUUAUUAAUAUGAUCUUGCACGAAGUACUUAGGUUAUAUCCGGCUGGUAUAGGAUUGGGACGGAUGAUUCAUGAAGAAACUACAUUAGGAAACAUAACCUUACCAGCCGGAUCAUUCCUCCAAUUGCAUAUGAUGCUUUUACAUUAUGACAAUGAAAUGUGGGGUGAUGAUGUGAAAGAGUUCAAGCCAGAGAGAUUUGCAGAAGGUGUGUCAAAGGCAACUAAGGAACAAGCAUCAUACUUCCCUUUCGGAGGGGGUCCACGUAUAUGUAUCGGCCAAAAUUUUGCUAUGCUGGAAGCAAAAUUAGCACUUGUUAUGAUUUUAAGAGGUUUCUCCUUUGAGAUUUCUCCAUUGUACGCACAUGCUCCACAUACUAUCCUCACUCUACAACCUCAGUAUGGUGCUCAAUUGAUUCUACGCAAACUUUAGUGGUUGUUGCAGCAAGACACAAAUAAAUAUAUUAUUAUAUGUUUUCUAUGCUAUUCUCAAUAUACAAUAAGAUAUGAUUUGAAGGUUGUGUAAAAACUUAUUGGAUUGCCAUCAAGAUUUUAUUUUUUGAAAGUACAAUUUUUUAUAUGCAAGGACUUUUCUAUGACUUAGAAUAAAGUA